GAGACUCAGACUAAAAAAAUGUUCUCUCUCUCUCAUAAGAAAUAGAAAGAUCCUUUGGGCGUCCUCAGCAUUACACGCACGCCGCAUUUCAAUGAAGCAAACCAGUUCAGCAUCAAUACCUUUUAUUUGAUUGCUUUAUUAGUUCAGUUCUACGAAGAAAAAAGUAGCACAAAGCAAAGAAAAACAAACAGCGACUCGUCUGCAACGCUGCCUGCUUCCCAUCAUGGAGGGUGAAAGAUUUACAGAUGGAGGAGGGGAUGAGGAAGUGAAAGAAAGGCAGAGAGUUGUGUGUGUGUGUGUGUGUGUGUCUCCAUGGUGAUGUGUCUCUGCUCUGCGUGAGAAUGGGGGUCCUUUACUGGUUGCCAUGUCAACCCCGUCGGCUGUUGAUUGGCUCGAGAGCUGGUGCCAGGUCAGAGGUCAGUGAGGUGUCUUUGUGCCCCCGUCAUCCAAAGCAGUGUGUUUUUGUUAGAAAGAAUGCUGGCUGUCUAACGGGGCGGGCAGGGGGAGCCACAAAACACUCCUCGCACCGCUUAUCUCCUCAGCGCCAUAGCAAUAAUCUUGUGUGCCAAUCAUACUUCCGCGGAGGUCGCCUUAACCCUUCUUUCACCAUCCGUGCUGCUCUUGUCGUCGCUGCAGGGAAGUUCAAGUUGUUGGAUGAAGACCGAGACAUCAGGGAUCCAGUCCAGUAUUUCUCCAGCGUGGAGGAGGUGGCUGGAGUGUUCCCCGACCGUGUCUUUGUCAUGGAAACGGUCACGUUCAGCGUCAAGGUGGUCUCAGGGGAGUUCAGCGAGGACAGCGAGCCCUACAGCUUCACUCUGCAGGCAGGAGAUGAGCUGUCACUCAUGGGGAAGGCCGAGCUGCUAUGUGCCACGCCUACUAAGGAAAAGACAGGACUGAGCGCACUCUUGAGACGCCUGGGAAAGACCCCCCGCAGUAAAACUCCCUGUCUGGUGUGCAUGAACCAUCGCACCAAUCAGAGCGUCAGCCUGCCUUUUGCCUGCCGUGGACGCUUUUGCACACGCUCGCUGUUGGAGCAAGGCAUGCUGGGUGGAGAGCAUACAGUACGCAGCAUCAUUGAGAGGGUCCGCCUCCCCGUCAACGUGUCUGUGCCGUCACGCCCUCCGCGAAACCUAUACGACCGCCACGCCGUACGAGAAGGCCACCGCUACAAGCUGCUCAACAUCGUGAGCAAGACGGUGGUACUCUGCAUGGUCCUCCGCCGACAGGAAGUGUCGCCCUCUCACUUCCUGCUGCUACGCUGCAUGCCCCGCUUCAACGUGGCCGAGGCCUCCGUGCACACGGCGGCGCUGGAGAGCCUCCUUUUGCGAUACGCCUUCGACACAGACGCCUACUCCCGCGCCGUGAGGGAAACCCGUCCGGAGUUGGAGUGCAUGACGGAGGAGUGUGUCAGCCCGCGGCGCUCGCGCAUGUGUGUGACGGCGCAGGACUCUUUGGCGCCGGCGCUGCAGCAGCUGUCAAUGUGCGGAUACGGGGGCGGGGUUUCGGACAGCCUAUCACACCGCUGUAGAGACUCUCUUGGGGUCCAGCUGGGGGAGGGGCCAGGCGAGGAACGGGAGUACGUGACUCCUGAGUGGACCGAGGAUGAAAUGAGGACCGGUGAGGAAAUCCCCUAUGAGGAACUUUGGACCAAUCAGAACGCAGAGGGCCUAGGAAAGGAGCCAAACCUUAUUUCCUUCCAUUCGUCCUCCUCGCUGGAUGGUUCCCUUGGUACCAUGGUGACCACAGUGGCUGCUCCGCCUCCUGUACCUCCAAAAUCUGAUGCUGUGCGAGAGGAGUGUCGCUACUUGAUCGCUCCUCCAGUGCCUCCUCGCUGCUCGAAACUGGGUUCCAUCUCCAGUCCGGCCCCCAGCCCUCCUGUCCCCCCACGCUUUCCCAAGACUUCCACCUCCCCCAGACCCAACCUCUCCUUCUACUCCUCAGGACUACAGGACAGCUGCUCACCUUCUCCAGACACUUCCCUCUACUGCUAUCCAUGUUCCUGGGCUGAUUGCCCCGCCCCCAACACCAAUCCUGAUCCAGUUUCGGCCACCCCCGCAGACACCACAGCCAUCCCUCAGACAGCACAAGCCACCUGGGCAGAGCCGUGGGUGGACUCCUACACCACUGGGCCUCGACUGAGACCACCGCCCCCACAGAGUCGCUUUGCACCUUUCGGUGCCUUGAACCCUUUCAAUCGUCAGUCCCCUUGCCCGUCGCCCGAGCCCGCAGACAAUCCAGAUUCCUCUAGGGGAGCAGAGGGGGGCGGGAUUGAAGGCGUGGCUGCACCCACGGACCCCACCUGGCGUCCCCCCGCUGACCUGUCUGCACUGUCACUGGAGGAGGUGUCGGCGUGUCUACGCUUCAUCGGCCUGUCGGAGGCCGCGGUGUCUGUGUUCCAGAGGGAGCGAAUUGACGGCCGCCUCCUGGUUCAGCUGACCGAGGACAUCCUGUCACAUGACUUUCACCUGAGCCGACUCCACGUCACCAAGAUCACACAGUUCAUACAGGGAUGGAGACCCAAAAUCUAACAGAAUUCUCUGUCCGCCAAUCAAUGGACUGCAGCGUGUCUAGCUCCGCCUUAAAGUUGUACAGUCCGGAUGAGUUUCACAACUUUUUACAAUAAAAAAAACAUAAAAAUAUCAUAGAGCUGAACCAAACUGCACUACAGGGCUAGAAUAGCCAUCUUAAAUGUGCCUUCCACUGUGACCAGUGAGACUUGAAUCAAACCGCCGUCUCUGCAUCAGACGCCUCAUUGGCUGUCCUAUCCACACUGCUUCCUGUCUCAAUCCCAGACUGGGCUCGGUUUAGAACAAAUGGCAUUCUAAGGAUGCCUAAUUGGGUCUUUGUCAUCGAUUCAGUUAUGCUACAAGACAGCCAAAAGUCGUGGACCCACGUUGGGAGAACAAAAAAAAAAAAGAUUAAUAGUACUAUAUUCACCUGAAUAUACGACACCUUUUUCAAGACAAAAAUCUAUCUUUUUUUAAAUAUCAGGUACAUUGCAAUAAAAAAAUAUUUCUUAGCUGCUCAACAGUUAUUUGAUGACUCCACUUCAGCGUUCGCCAUCAUAAUUUGUCCUCUGUCGUGUGCUAACGUGCUCAUCAUGUGAGGCCCCUGGUGUGUGUGAGUGACAGGAAGAAAAGGUCUGACUCGUUCGGGGAGAAUUCAUUUGGCGCCACCUGUUGAACUGCAUGUGUAAUUCUCUACACCGCAAAUAAGACGACCCCCCUUAGCCUGGAAAAAAAUACCAUCUUAUAUUUGGGUCCAUACAGUGUUUUAAUACAUGGUUCAGCUCUGUUGACACUGGUAACGCUGUUGUUAAAUGUGGCACAAUUUUGACCACAGUAGAAGCAUUGUAAGUUGCAAAAAGCAAUUUACAGCCUUUUGUGGACUAUUACAAACCUCCAAAACAUAUUGUGAAGGUAUUGUGGCCUGACUGCGAUAUGUAUAAAAAAGAAAUGAAUAAAAAGAUUAGACGCCAGCUGUCAUACAUAAAUCAAUACAAGAGUGAAAUCUUUAACAUUCCCUUUAUGGGUAACACAGACUGUUCUGUUUCUCGUCCUUCUUUGUGGCCAAGCUUUCUUGGAUUUUUCACUGCCUCAAAAAUAGAGUUUCUAAAAUGUACCUCAGAACACUUUGGUUGAAAUGCUUGAUUUAGCCAUGCAGAAAUAAUAAAUUAAAUCAUGCUUGAAUUUAUUUGUUGACAUUUAUUUCACUUUUUUUUUUUUUAAACAAACUAGCAAUUAAUAUUAUUAACAUCUUAAGGCCUAUUAAAUGAUGCAAACUUCAAAAUGAUGACAUAAUCGAUGCCAUUGUUUUUACUGUACAUACUGAGGCAACAACAACAUCAAAGUGUGUCCAAAGUUUCACAAUCACCAUAUCUGAUAAAUAAAAAAAACAUUCACCUCUCCAUUACUCACAUUCGGUUGAGCAUGUCUGUUCUCAUGCUGUUUGUCCUCCUGUCAUUGUGUAUGACUGUAACAAAACAGAUCACAUCCACCAUGUUAAUUUAACACUUUCAAAUAAAUUAGUAAAGCGUGCGAGGCGGGCCUCCCCGGGCGAAGCAAACAUCAGUUCUGUCAAAAGGCAAAAUGAAUUGAUUUUCAAUUCUAACAAGCAACAAGUAAACAACUUUGGGUGAGCAGAAGAUGCCACA